AUGGCGGUGACGAGGACGACGGAUAUGAAAUGGAUGACCGUCAUCAUCAUCGUCCUCGUCGCCAUCGGCGCCACCGGCGCCAUCGUCAUCGUCAUCGUUCUCACCGGCGCCAUGGUGGCGGCCAUCACCAUCACCGUCGCCCGGAGCCUGUGCAUUUUAAUCCGGGGAGGAAGCGUGAUCGGUCUGAUGACGGCAGUGGAGGAGGAGGCAACAAGAGGGCGAGGAUAUGAUCUGCGUUCUGGGUAA